AUGACGACAAAGAUGACGACGGAGAAGAAGGGGGAAAACAAAGCGGGGGCCGCCUCCACACCACCAUCACCACCACCACCACCUGUGGCGGUGGUAAUAAAAGGUGGGAAAAACGCAACGACUUCGCUUUCUCCGACCGGGACGUUGCGAGGGUACUGGCAAGCCGAAGAAGAGACGGCGUUACGCGCCGCCGUACAAAAGCACGGCAUCGGCGCGUGGGAGAAGAUGAGAACAGAUCCUGAUUUCAAAGCGUUGAGGUGCGCACGAUACGUAUUUUAUCGCGACGAGAGACGUGCUACUGCUUUUCUUCGCGUUUCUUUUAAGCUUUACUCGUCGUUUUCGUUAUCGUUUUCUCGUUUUCUCGUGUUGUUCUUUGCGCGGUGA